GUCCUAUGUCAUCCCGUUCUAUCUGCGAUCAUUGACAUGUUCGUGCUUAAUCUACCUCCAGCCGUCGGCCUCAUAGGCUGCGAAUAAGCGACCACAACCACUUCAGGCUCGGAUCGGAACGCGUGGUUAUCGCUCUGAUUCUUUGAGCACUCGAAGUAGUCCCCUUCAGCACCAGAUACGAGCCAUUCACCACGGUGAUUCACUAUCCUGCGUUCUCAUGAUUAUCCAGCCGUGUCACUGGGCUAUGUCGGUGUUCUUCGAUGCACAGGUCGCCGCGUACUUGGGGCGUUGCUGGCAUGCUUUUGCGCCCAAAUGAGCGUCUCUAGUGACUGCACGGUGGCCUGGAAGCGUUGUCUGAGCCGACGCGAAGCCAUGCACGACUUAGAGUUCCUCCACUUUGGACGACACCAGGUGGAGCGCAUGGUGGCCAUGCUGCGACGUCUGCCGCCUUAAAGGUGAUCAUGGGUACCAACAGGGUUGUCCACUUGCAGGAUUAUCUCGCCUUCAGACUCUUACACUCGUAUCCGUCGCUCGCGGCGAAGCUGACCUUUUAUUUGUGAGCUCGUGGUUUCGCGGUCGGGUCAAGAUGAUGCAUCUGGACCUCCUACAGAUUACAGACCCAGGGUUAGCGUAUAUGAUAUUAGGAGGAUUUACGGUCGCGUUCAGCAUGGUCUCCCUUUGGGUGAAAGAGAAGCUUUUCGUCAAUGAAGUGGUCCUUGGAACUGCCUGCGGUAUCAUUUUCGGUCCCCAUGGCUUCAGCAUCUUCAACCCGCGCUCAUGGGGCGGCGAUUUGAACGUCAUCACUCUUGAGGUAAUGCGCAUUACCCUCGCUGCUGGCCUGUUUGCGAUCGGCGUCGAGCUCCCUAAAUCAUACCUCCUCGACCACGCCAAAAGCCUCCUCGUUAUGGUGGUCCCUACGAUGGCCUUCGGCUGGCUUGUAGUCGCAGCCGUGAUUUUCGCCCUCUUCCCGACCCUCGAUUUCGUCUCCGCCAUGGUCAUAGCAGCUUGCUUGACACCGACAGAUCCUAUUAUCUCAGCUGCUAUCGUUGGCGGUAGAUACGCGAAUGAACAUGUCCCCGAGGCACUCCGCUACAUCAUCUCUGCCGAGUCCGCGGCAAAUGACGGUCUCGCGUACCCCUUCUUGAGCAUCUCGGUAUACCUCACCAUCGAAAGUUCGAAGGCGGUGGCCAUUGGAAAGUGGUUCUUGGUAGGGUGGCUCUACCAAGUGAUCAUGGGCACUGUCAUCGGUGCCUUGCUAGGAAUGAUGUUCUCCAAGUUAUUGAAGAUGUCUCAGAAGCACGGAUUGCUAGACCGUGAAUCCUACGUCGCUCAAUAUCUGGCACUCGCAUUGUUUACCAUCGGGGUAACGCGUACGAUAGGCAGCGAUGACCUCCUCGCUGCAUUCGCCGCAGGUUCAGCAAUCAAUUGGGACGGGCACUUCAGGAGCAAAACUCAGGACGAGAUCUUCUUUACGGUCAUUGACCUGUUGCUCAACUGUGGCUGCUUCGUGUAUAUUGGCGCUUGGAUGCCGUUCAACAUGUUCAAUGCGCCCGAAUUGGGAAUAACACCGUGGCGUUUGGUCGUUCUUUUUGUCGCCGUUCUGAUCCUCCGCCGCAUUCCGCCGCUCUUCAUGCUCUACAAGUGGGUACCGGAGAUUAAGACGUGGCGAGAAGCCCUAUUUGCUGGUCAUUUUGGCCCGAUGGGAGUCGGGGCAGUCUACGUAUCGACUUUCGCGGUUACCGAACUGCCCAAGCCUCAGUCGCCCCCUCAAGGUCAAGCGGAGAUCCUCGCUGCGACGGCGCAGACAAUCGUAGCAUUCGUUGUCUUAGGAUCGAUAAUCAUCCAUGGUCUGUCAAUCCCGUUCCUCACUCAUGGACGGGACAUCGGCGCACGGACCCUCACCCUCACGCGAACCUGGACCUCGCGUCAGGUAAACGCUCAACCGGAGUGGCUGGUCGGCAUCCGUCGCCCCUCCGCCGAUAUCUCCCGGACGGAGGCGCGGGCAGCCGAUGCCAGGGAUGUCGAGCAGGGCGUUGGGAACUACGAAUCGACAACGGCGAUAUCCGAUGCGGAUAUGAAGUCGGAUAGAGACUCCUCGGAAGGCGGGCUUCCUGUCCCUGAACUGAUAGUCGUGCAUGCCGGUGAUGGUGGUGAGAAAGGAGACGCGGCUACUUCCCUGCGAUCGCCUUCGCCGAUAAGGGAGAACCUGAACGUUCUGCCAGGGGCUCCAAAGGUGGCGAAAGAAGGAAAGGUCCGAGCGAAAACAGUCAAUGCGCCACACGACGACAUACGUCCAAGUCAGCGCGGAGUGCAGCGCCCUGCCGUUACCGCUAGCAUGCGCAGGCGCGAGCAAAGUCCCGCCCGAUCAUCUGUCCGCUCGCUUCGUUUUGCUGCGACCUUAGAGGACGACGUCGCUGGCGAUCGACAGUCCCCUUCUGGCGCGCACACCCCCAGAUCAACUUACUCCGCCACCCAGGGGUCCGCUGAGGGCUCGCAGACUCCCCCGUUAUCUCGCGUGGUCGGUAUCCUCGCAGAUGACCUCGCAAGUCGAUUGGGGAACGCCCGGAAUGGUGCAACUACCUCAGCAAGUCCUCCUCGUGACAGACGGAGAGUGGACGCGCCGGGAGCAAAGGGCGAUGUGGUCGAAGAAGACGUUGCUGAGCGCCUUACAGUACGUAAUCCCGAGCUCACCGGAACAACUCUGGCAGCUGGGACCCCCACAGUCGGGACAAGGACAACUGAUACUGUCAAGAGAUUGACAUCGACGGCCAAGUCUGGUGAAUGACAUGGGCUACUACGGCUUCCCGGGGGCCAACCGGGAGGUGUUGUUAUU